AGAGUCUGGAAAGAGUCAGCCCGAUCUUCAGCACCCUGCCCCCACCCCCAGCAUCCAGCCAGUUGGUACGUGCUGACAUGUGAGUGGCAGGAGACUGAUGCGGAUGUAGACCAGGGAGCCAGACACACGCGCACAUGCCAGCAGCCUCCUCAUGCCUCCUGGGUUCUCCCGUCUCCCCGUACCAGGCUCCGGGCUGCACUCCAUCCCCACCGCCGCCACGCCCCAGCAGAGAUGAGUGGCCUCCCCGCACUCUGGAAACCAGAGGGCACUGGCGGUGAAGGGGAGCCCCUCGGUGAGACACAGUACCCAACAUUUGACGAUCUAUACGACAAAGACGAUGAAUUCCUUCCCCUACAACCCCAAGAACAAGAAGAAGACCUCGAAAACCCUGAAGACCUCUCCACCACAGCCACAACAGAAACAAACAUCACCAUAGCAACAGAUGCCAACCAAUCAGCAAACGAAGCAAUGCUUGAGACAGAGGGGUCUUCAGAAGGCCUGUCUCAGAACCAACCAAAUAAGUGCCUGAUGGAAAAUGACUCAGAAGUGCCUGAUUCUUCCACAUCUACAAGUGGUGUAACCAAUAGAAACCAAGCUGCUGCUAGUAGUAAUAGUUCCAUGGAAACAAAAGACUCCAAUAACAAUGCAGAUGAGGCAAGGUCGCCUUCAAGGUCAUCUGAUGAACUAACGAUUGACCUCAGCGUGAAGCAGGGUCCGUCCUCGGAUGUUACCGGUGGUGCUGGUGACGCUUCCUCCUCUUCCUCUGCGUCAAGUCGUCCUGGCAGAGGAAAUGACGGGACAGCAUCCAAGAAGAAAAAGCGGAAAAAAGAAGCCGAAAUGGACGAGAAUGGUGCAUACCCAGUGAAGGUCCAGGGUCGGAACAGGUUCAACCCAGAUAAGAUGGAGGCUGGUCCAUUCCCCUGCCAGGUGUGUGGGGAAGUGUUCCAGGCGCCCCACGAGCUCACCAUCCACAUCCGCCAGCACAACAUGGAGGACAACUCCGGCUCCCACACCUGCAAACUGUGCGGCAAGACGCUCAGCUCACAGAGCAGUCUGGACAGGCACAUGCUGGUCCACUCAGGGGAGAGGCCCUUCAAGUGCAAGGUGUGCAAGAUGGCGUUCACCACAAAUGGCAACAUGAACCGCCACAUGCGUAUUCACGAGAAGGACGGCGAGCUGCCGCCCCCCACCCCAGAGCCCCGCCAGCGCACGCCUUCCAAGCGCCCGUACUACGACCAGGACGAGGACUGGUCGCCCAGGAAGAAGGUGCCGUCCCUGGGGAGGAAGUCUCUACAGAUGGAUGGAGAGAAGGAGGGAGAGGAUGAGAAGGAGCCAGAACAGCUGGCCUGCCCCAUAUGUGCGAAGACUUUCAUCUGUCGCUUCGGCCUGCAGUCCCACAUGGAGACUCAUCCCGACACCUCAGUCAGGUGCAACCUGUGCCAUUGUGCCUUCCGCAAUCAUAGAGGCCUUUCCAAGCACAAAGCGAUGGUUCACAAGCCCAAGCUCAAACCAUCCUCCUCCUCAUCUCGAUCCUCCUCCCCAUCCCUCAACGCUAACAAGCAGGCCGUCAUGGGCUUCCAGGAGCUGGGCUUCACGGCCUUCUCCAGCCGCAAGUUUCCUCUCAUCGUCAAGACGUGGUGCGAAAACAAUGAACACAAGUGCAACAGUGCUUUACCAAAGUUUGUCUGUCAGGAUUGCGGAAAGUCCUUUCCCCUUCCUAAGGCCUUGCUCCUCCACAGGAAAGAACACACUGAAAGUGGUAUAAAGAAGGAAGCGGUUACCAAUGAUGAGAAUGACAAGUCGGCCUUUCUGAAGUCGCUGAAUCUCUGCCCCCAGGGUAGCAGGUCUCCUCCCAAAGAUGAGCACAUCCCGUUAGAUUUCUUUACGAAGGUGAGAGACUCCGAAGUCGUGUUCCCGGUCCCAACAAACGGGCUGCGACACAACAACGUGCCUUUGCCUAAGCUGGUGCCCAUCCUUCCUAAGAUGGAGCCAGGGGCGGGCGUGGCGUCCCCCAUGAACAGGUCGACUCUUGGCACGACGGCGGACUUCGCCGACGUCCAGCAGAUGCUGAAGGUUGCCGCUGACGCCACCAUGCUCACCGCCCAGCCGGAUGCCUCUGCCAAGACGAACCUGAAACCCCUCCCUCCACUGCACCGUAUCCCAGUAACCCCUCCCCACGCAUCCCCUGUGGUACUCCGUAAGCAGCCCCCGCCCCCUCCCCUGAAGUAUAUACCAAAUGCAGGCAACCAAAUGAAGGGAACAGUGCCUGCAAAGAUAAGACCCAUCCUGCCAAAGCCUACACAGACCUCACACACUAACAGCAAUAAUGUGAAAACAAUUGACGGGAAUAUCGAAGAAAGUCAGCCUCAGUCAGAUUCUGACAAGGAAGAGUUACCCGAGGAUGUAGCUCACGCUAAGAAGGGAGACGUGUACGUGUGUGAAUAUUGCAGCGAGAAAUUUCCCCUUGCCCGUGCCUACAAGAGCCAUGUCAGGACCCACCUUGGUCUGGCUCCAUAUCAAUGCAGGCAGUGCAACUACGCAAGCCCAGACAAAAGUACCUUGGUUCGACACCUGCGUACCCACAACGGUGAACGCCCGUUCCAGUGCCUUCUGUGCCAGUAUGCCUUCACGACCAAAGCCAACUGCGAGCGUCACGUCCGGAAGAAGCACAAUCGGUUCUCAAAGGAGGACAUAGAAGAGGUCAUCACCUACAACCAGUUUGUAAAGGACCCUCCAAUCGGUGCUGAGACGUUCGGCUCUCCUGACACCGUCUGUAAGUACUGCGGCAAGGAUUUCCGUUUCUUCCGCGCCCUGCAACACCACCUGCGCUCGCACAGCAGCUGCCGUAAGAAGCCAUACCAGUGCCGCUUGUGUGAGAACGGCUUCUCCACCAAAAACAACUGCAUCCGCCACAUCCUCAAACGCCACGAGAACGUUGACCAGAAGAAGAUAGACACCUAUGUCAAGUUCCAGAUGCGGAUGAAGACAGAAACGGAUGAUGGCGAACAGAUAUAUGAUCAUGAAAGUGUAGAACCCCAGUCUAUAGCACUUAGUAUAAAGCAAGAACCUUUGGAUUAUGAGCUGGAGAGUGCUGAAGGCCUUUCUGAUCAACCGUUGGACUUCAGCAUGAAAAGUGGAAGGAGUACAGACAGUAGCCACCUGGCUUCCCCUGUUGCCCUAGUCAUCGAUGCUGGAGACUUUGAACAACCUUUAGACUUGAGCUUCAAAUCUACUGACGACUCCAGGAGUGAGUCAAGCAUCUCGCAGUCUGCAAGUGAAAGUGCACCAACAAAUACAAGGAAGUACCGCUUCAAGGCGGAAUACCACAAGUACUACAGCAACGACUGCGAUCAGUUGGUGUGCCCCAUGUGCCCAAUGAAGUUUAGCCGGGGUGGGAGGUUGGAAGAACACAUCCGGUCUCACACCAAGGAGCGACCGUUCCAGUGUCCACAAUGUCCGUCUGCCUUCACCAUCAAGUCCAACCUGGAUCGCCACAUGAAGAACCACGGUGUAUCUCAUCCUUCACGGGGACGAGGGGGAAACAUGAGAGGGGCGAGUGCCAGAGGUGGAAAAGUGACAGCAACAAGCCAAAGCGAAGCUGUAGGUAGAGGUAGCAGUGGACGAGGUAGAGGAGGAAAGGGUAGAGGAGGAAGAGGUAGAGGCAAGAAGACCUCUGUUGUGUCUACCAUUUUGACUAGGGCCCGUCGAUUCAUCCCUAUUGCUCCCAAACCUAUAAGUGUGACGUUGACUGUUGGUAAUCCUACAGAUGAGCCAGCCGAGGAGAAGCCUUCACUUAACCACAGUAUGGCUUCAGACUCCAGCGGGGAAUUCGCAAGUGUGCAGAAUAUGCUUGCUGCUACCAACCCUGACAACUUCCAGACAUUCCUUCACUCCCCCUCCCCAGCUUUAGACUGUGACGGAGAUGUUCAGAACGAUGUGGGAAACGAUGAUGCGGAGGAGGUGGAGGUCAGCGCAGGUGAGCAGGAUGUUUCCAGCGACGAGAUCCAGGGGGUGAAGAAGAGUUCGUAUUCCUCUUCCCCCAACCGUGUCUGCUGCCCCCACUGCCCGCGUACAUUCCCCUGGGAGAGCUCGCUCCGCAGGCAUCUGCUGACGCACACUGGACAGAAGCCGUACAAGUGCCCCAAGUGUCCGAUGAAGUUCUCCACUAAGUCCAACCGCGAGCGCCACCUCCAGCGUAAGCACAGCGGCAAGGAGAAGGUGGCCCCAAAAUCGGAAGGUUCCCACCAAUGUCGCCUUUGCGAGAACGUCUUCACUACCAAGUCCAACCUGCAUCGCCACUAUGUUGCUAAACACCCAGACACCGACUUGUCAACAUUUCCCUGGGAUAAGGCAGAAUCAGAGCAAGAUGAGUCGGAAGAGUCUGCUGCUGAACAACCACCAGAAGUGCCCCCUAAGGACUCCAUGGAAUCAUCCCUUGACAGCAGCCUUUGUCUGAAGGAAGGAGACGGACUCCUGGCUUUCCACCAAAAGUUGUCUGCCAGCACUUCAGAGGCUCUCGCCAAGGCUGCCGAGAUCUGCGACCAAAUCAGCUGUGAUAUCCCAGAGGAAGGGAAGCUUGUCAUUGACAAAAAAGAAGAUGAGCCACCAAAGGUGGCAAAGAAGAGAAAAAGAGAUGAAACAGAGUCAGCAGCAGCAUCUACAAGUAACGAAAAGACAUCUCCCAAACAGGGAAAGAAGCCUGGCAAGGAAAGCAAGCAAGAUGAAGAAGCGCAGUCAGCAAAGAAGGUGAAGAGGACGGAGGUGAAGUGCAAGGUGUGUGGUAAGGAGUUCCAGUUCAUGAUGACGCUGACACGCCACAUGCGGGUGCACAACCUGGACCAUCCCUUCCACUGCUCCAUCUGUGAUGCCGCCUUCACCACCAAGUUCAACUGCCAGAGGCACAUCGGUCGUGUGCACAACAUCGAACACGAGAACACGGAGGCGAUGGUGGUGGAGAGACAAGAAGAGGCUGUGCUCGACGCAGAAUCAGAAACUGACCUUGACCCUGACUCUCAACAUGCUUUGGCAAACUUGGUAGAAGAUAGCGAUGAGUCCUUUCAAGCUGAUGCUCCACAAAAGACAAAAAGCGGCUCAAAAAGGUGGAAACAGAGUACCUCGCCUGUUGAAAUCGAUUCCCUCAGUGCCAAGUUUGAAAGUGACGAAGUCACAUCAAAUGAUGGCAGCGUGGAUCUGUCAAACAAUCCCACAAACAAGAGGAAGCAGCAGUGCAAGAUUUGUGAGAAGCGGUUCUGGUCGGCGCAAGACCUGAGGCGGCACAUGCGUUCUCACACCGGAGAGCGGCCCUUCAAAUGUUCUGGUUGUGACCGCACCUUCUCGUUGAAGCACAGCCUGGUGCGCCAUCAGCGAGCCUGCUCCGGGCUAACAGAAAACACCCGCAGUCCCAGCAGAGAGCGCACUGCCUUGGAUGCUAUGGAGUCUGCCAUAACAGAGUUCUUCUCGCCUACUGAUGACGGACUGGGUGAUUUUGGCCACGACAGCUACAGCGACCACAGCGCCAGCAACUCCUUUUCCGUACAAGACUUCUCUCUGAAGUCCACCAGUGAGCCAAUCACCAUUGACGGUUUGGAACUCGACCCGUCAAUCAUGAUCGUACAACCAGAAGAUCCGCCCAAUGACACCUUUGACCUUGGGGAGAUGGACGAAGGUCGUCUGGAGGACAGGAGGCACCCGUGGGACACAGACUCCGAUAACGGCUUGGACAACGCCCACAACGUGUACCUGGUCACGCCAAGGGACAGUAAGGACAUCCUCGGGUCAGCAGCGCCCGACAGCGAUACGCUGCCCAGCUCGACGUUAGGCUCUGACAUCAUUCAGAACCUCCUGGGGAUCCAGGACUCAUCUGUGAUCGACCAGAUGCUGGACUCUGCCGACUCUGCUGCUAGACUCCUGGGGGUGGAGUAGUGUACAAACAGGACAAACUUGGUGGAAUGCACCACAACACCGAAGUGCUUCAUAUAUAGGGCUGCCUGUGUCGAAGACAACAUCAAAUAGCAAUUCCUGAUUAUGCUGCCAAUGGAACAAGUUAUCAUUUAUCACUCUUGUUCUCUCUUUAUCUAUACAAUAUUAGUCUUCUUUGGAUAUUAUGUACAUAGAAAGAUUUGGUGUGGGAUAAUUGUUCAAGGUUGUUGAUAAGGUACUAUUAGCUAUAUAUUCUUGAGACUGAAAUUAUGGUAUUUAGUUAUCGACUUGUGAAGAAUUGGUGUAAAGCACAAUACCAUCUAAAUGAUUGUCAAUUUACAGGUAAUAUUUUCCUAUAUAAACAAGUGUGUUGUUGAUUUUAUUAUCCUAGACAAAUAAGGUGUAACAUUUGUGGAUUGACUUUUUGGGUGAAUUCUUGUAUCUUAAUGUUGGUAUUCCUAAAGAAAGGUCCCUUGAAAGUAGCAGGAUAUUUUAACCAGCAAAAGUUUCUAAAGAUUGUAUUCAAAAAGUACUCAAAAGUUGGUGCUGCUUAUGGUAUUUGGGCUAUCUUUCAUUUUGUUUGAAAUACUAGUAUAUGAGGUUUUGUUUCAGGAAGUUAUUAUGGCUUUUUGUUUGGAAAUUCCACCUUACCCUUAAGUGUUUUUGAGAUAGUGAUCCUGCUAUGCAAGGUGUUUAAAAAUGUUCCUUAUUAUAUCAAACCAGAGUUUAACAGAAGACGGGAACAGGUUUGGUGCUAUUCGUUUAGGAGAACGGUAAUUAAACUUUCAUAGUGGAAGGAAAAGAAGCAGCACUUACCAAUGAAUGUAGAGUGUUAUAAAUGAAACAUAUAUCUAAGCAAUUAUACAAGCAAACCGCUGUGCCUCCCUUUAGCAUGUUGAUGACAAUGCAAGGAUACUGUAUAGACUGAAAAUGGCUGAUUUUUAAAAAGAGAAUGGAUCGUGAUUUUGUAUGUACAUGUGGAGCAUUCCAUUGUGUGGCUUCUUGGUGUGCUGACUGUCAAGUUUUUGUUAACAUUGGAAAAUUCCAAUUGUUCUGUAAAUAAUGCUACUCAAAAACUGCCUUGCUGUUCUUGAAUACCUAGAUUCAGUCAGAUGUACUCAGAUAUGUAUAUGUAUAUUAUAUUGGGUUGAAUUAUUAGGAGGUUGAUUUAGAACUUACCAUUUUUCCAAGUUUCUUGAAUUUUUAACAUACCAACACUGAGUCAAAGAAAUUGUUUAAGGAUCUGCAUAUAGAAACACUGCCAGUGAUGAGGUAUUCACGAUUUUUACUCUGUAUAUCUUGCUCCGCAAUGUUUCUCUUUUUACUGACUUUGAUAAGUCCUUACAUCAAUAAAUGAAUUCUUCUUAAUU